AUGAGCGUGCCCGGGGCGCUGCUCGCCGUGCCGCUGCUCCUGCUGCAAGGGACGUUUGCAGGGGCUGCCAGUGACUCUGUGGCUCUGAAGGAAGGAGAAAAUCUAAACCUGAACUGCACCUUCAGCACCCUCAGCAACCACAACUUCACCCUGCAGUGGCUGAACCCUCGCAAUUUCACCAUUUUCCUCAAUGCCCAGCAGGUUCUGAGGGACCGGAGGUACAAACUGCUGAGGUACUCCAGGGAUGAACUGUCCAUCCAGCUCUCCAACCUGACCCUGCAGGACGAGGGGAUUUACAGGUGCCUGCACUACACCCGGCACGUCAGAGCCCGCAGCCAGAACGUUCAGAUUUUGGCUCCUCCUUCCCACCCAGUGCUGGAAAUCUCCCAGGAUGAGGAAAGGGGCAUCAAACUCUCCUGCCACACCCGGGGGGGCAGACCCCAGCCCCAGAUUUCCUGGCUCUUGGACAACGGCAUUGAGCUCCCAGGCGACACCAGGCACGAGCUGGGAGCCGAUGGGAGCAGCUGGAGCAGCAGGAGCACCCUGAGGGUCCUGAGCUACAGCCCGGGGGUGACAGUGACAGCCAGCUGUGCCAUCGGGCACCCUGCGCUGGGGGCACGGAGACUGCUGGCACCUGUCACCUUCCAGAACCUUCCCAGCCCGGGCUGCAAAGAAGCAAGCAGACCUCCAGAAGAUGGAGAAGUUCCCAGCUCAUCAGAGAGCCCAGAAGUUUCCAGUUCUCCAGGGAAUCCAGCAGGUACCAACCCAUCUGCAUCCCCAGAGAAUCCAGAACCUUCCAGCCCUUCUGCAUCUCCAAAACAACCAGAAGUUCCCAGCCCUUCUGCAUCCCCAGAGAAUCCAGAAACUUCCAGCCCUUCAGCAUCCCCAAAAGAACCAGAAGUUCCCAGCCCUUCUGCAUCCCCAGAGAAUACAGAAGUUUCCAGCAGCCCUUCUGCAUCCCCAAAUGAUCCAGGAGUUUCCAGCCCCUCUGUAUCCCCAGAGAAUCCAGAAUUAUCCAGCCCCUCUGCAUCCCCAGAGAAUCCAGAAUUAUCCAGCCCUUCUGCAUCCCCAGAGAAUCCAGAAUUUUCCAGCCCUUCUGCAUCCCCAAAGAAUCCAGACAUUUCCAGCCCUUCUGCAUCCCCAGAGAAUCCAGAAUUUUCCAGCCCCUCUGCAUCCCCAAAAGAUCCGAAAGUUUCCAUCCCUUCUGCAUCUCCAAAUGAUCCAGGAGUUUCCAACCUUUCUGCAUCCCCAGAGAAUCCAGAAGCUUCCAUCCCUUCUGCAUCCCCAAAUUUAACAGCACGAUCCUCUGUUACAGAGCAAAAUCCCGAAUCCAAAGGGCUCCUGAGGAAGGAGAAGAAUCUCCUGCUGCCCAUGCUGGUGGCUGCUCUGGUCCUGGUGCUGCUCAUCAUCGUGCUGCUGUUCGUGGUGAAGCUGAAGAAAGCGCACGGGGUGUGGAAGAGAGAAAAUGAUGUUUCAGAGCAAACACUGGAGAGUUAUAAAUCCAGAUCUAAUGAAGAGAGUCCAGGCCAUGAGAAGAAUGGGCAAGCUGGAAAUCCCAAAUCCAACAUGCAAUAUGUAACAGAAGAACACGUGGAAACCCCAGAGAAGAACCUGGAAACCCCAGAGAAAAAUCCAGAAAGGCCAGAGAAGAACCCAGGUGACAAAAGCACGGCAAUAAAUGAGGAAAUAUUCACGUGUGGAAGGGAGACAGACGUGUAA